AUGCUUAGAAGUCAGAGCAUAUCUAAUUUGAAUGAACAAAGAAAAUCUAAAAUGGGCUUUCUAAGCUCAUUAAGAUCAAGAAAAUCUUCCUCGAAUGAUUUACAUUCGAAGUUAAUAUCAGAACCAUCAAAUAUGCAAAAAAAUAAACCAAGACCAUUAUCUCUGUCAGUAUCAUCCAUAAACUUGAAUCAGAAGUUUCAUGAACCAGUUGACCAAAAUUCUUAUAGCUCUAACGUUUCAAAGCAACGUCAAGGAUCAAUCUCGAUAGAAGAUAAGGAAAAUAUAAGUGUUAUACCUAGACUUAAAAGUCGCCGAAACUUACAUAACACUGCAGAAGGCAGGACCUUGAAAACAAGAUCUAGUGCUCCGAAUUUAAACAAGGGCAAGCGUUCCUCGAUGUUUACCGGCUCCGUUGCUUCCACCCCAAUGAUAAAUAUUUUCCCUGAUUCGAACAACAACAUAAUUGACGAAAGUUCGAUCGAAAGCCCUGAAUUCGUUUCGCCUGAAACAAUAACUGAUAACAGUGACUCAUUAUUUGCUUCCCCAAUACAUCUUGAACUAAUAGAUGACGAAUUUAGUGAUGAAGAUUUACAAUCAAGAAAGCUUCACAGAACAACAAAUUUAACAAACAUAAAUGACUUCAUCAGGUUGAUAGAUGAUGGCGAAAAGUAUCAAUCGGUAAAUUACUUGCCUAUAAAUAAUCGGAAAUCGUUGGAUUUCGAAAAAUUCGAAAGAAAUAAAAUAAGAAAAUCAUUACAGGAUAAUUUGGAUAGGGAAUGCUCCACUAACUUCAUAUCUAAUCUCAGCCUUGUGGAGAAUGCCGUAUUUUUAAGUAUUGAAAAAUAUCAAAAGUCCCAAAGCGACUUCAUGAACUUUUUGGAGGAUGAUGAUUAUAUCAAUUCUAUCAAGAACGAUCCGUAUGAUAAUGAACCUGACGAAUACUACUUGACCUUUUAA